UUUAGGUUACCAAAACUCUCCUCAAAAUGUCCCUCACUGUUCAAUCCAAUCCAACUCCAUCGCCAUUUUCUUACUGCAUUUCUUCACUCCUCUCCUUCUCUUGAAUCGCAAUCGGAAAUCGGAAAUCUCUCCGCCGUCUGCUGCGAUGAGUAUCUCUCCCUCUGCUUCUUCUUGCUCUUCGUCUUCCUCUUCUUGCGUCGGUUCAGAUUCCGCCAUUAAUAUUAAGAAGAAGAAGAAUAAUCUCUCCGCUCCUCUCCGGCCGCACUCGGAGAAGGCCAGAAUCAAGCGGCGACGGAGGAAUCAGGACGAAUCGAAACGCGAGAUUCAUAAUAACAACAGCAGUGGAAUCAACAACAACAACAACGCAUCUUCCGCUCGUCGGAGUUCCAUUUACAGAGGAGUCACGAGGCAUCGAUGGACCGGCCGGUUCGAAGCUCAUCUUUGGGACAAGAGUUCAUGGAAUAGCAUUCAGAACAAAAAAGGAAGGCAAGUUUAUUUGGGUAAUNAUGAUAACGAGGAAGCUGCAGCACGAACUUAUGACCUUGCUGCCCUCAAAUACUGGGGACCGGAAACCACUCUCAAUUUCCCGGCAGAGUCGUACACGAAUGAAAUGGAAGAAAUGCGGAAAGUAACGAAGGAAGAAUAUUUGGCGUCGUUGCGGCGGCGGAGCAGUGGCUUUUCUAGAGGCGUUUCUAAGUACCGCGGCGUGGCCCGACACCACUACAAUGGCCGGUGGGAGGCUCGGAUUGGCCGCGUUUUUGGAAGCAAGUAUCUUUACUUGGGAACUUACAACACACAAGAAGAAGCAGCUGCAGCAUAUGACAUGGCUGCAAUUGAAUACAGAGGACCCAAUGCAGUUACCAACUUUGACAUUAGCAAUUACAUUGGGAGGAGAUUAGAGACCAAAUCAUCAGUUUUUGAAGCAGCUGAGCUACCAAAAGAGGAGCCCAAUGAUUCCCCUGUUUCUUCUGAGGGAGAAGUUGUGUAUCAGCCCGAAGAACAGCAAACGACGUCGUGGCCGAGCCUUCAAUUCUCGACGAUGCUUCCGUCGAUCGAGAAUAGCCCGUCAAUGGGUGUCAUGGGAGACGAUCAGGAUCUCAAUUGGUCUUUCUUAGACACCGGAUUCGUCGAGGUGCCUGACCUCCCGCUUGAGAAAACGAGUGAGUUAGCUGAUCUCUACUUCGAUGAGAUCGGAUUUGAAGACGACAUUGGCUUGAUGUUCGAAACGAGCAUUGAGGAUGGUAAAGAAGAUCUUAAUGUUGGGAAGAUGGAGAUGAACAAUGCUCCUUCGCCAUCGUCUUCGUCGAUAAUAACCAACUCGGUUUCGUGCGAAAAAGAUGAGAUUGUUGGGUUUUGUUGAAGAGUAUCUUAUAAGUUUCUUCCUUUUUUUUUUCAGGUUUGAUUUAGAGAGGGAGGGACAAAAAAAAUGUUGGAGAUUUGCUUAGGUGUUUUUUUGUUUUAAAUUUGUUUACUUAAGUUUGCAGCUAGAAAGAGCUUUACUUUUCUCAA